AUGGCAGAUUCAAGCAAGGAGUAAUAAUUAUAAGAGAAAAUUGAAAAACUCAAACAAGUUUUAAGCAAAAAUUAGCUAACAAAAGCAAGUAAAGAAGAAUAAAAAUCCGAUCUAGAUAUAUAUCUUGAGAAUAAUGAUUAGCUUAAAAAAGCUCUUAACUGUAAUAAAUUUGCAUCAUUAUUAACUAAAUCAGGAGAUAUUGUGCGUGGUGAAAAACACUUUUUACAAGGAAUUAAAUUAGUAGAAGAAAUCAAUCCUCAUAUUUCAUUUUCAAACAUUUAUUUAAACUUAGGAAAUCUUUAUGCUUAGAAACGUGACUAUAAAAAAGCUAUCGAAUUCUAUUUAAAAGUAAUAGAAAAGUCACCUUACAACAAUGAAAUUAAUAAAUAAAAUACACCUUAGUCUUUUGAAUUAGACCCUUCUCUAAAUAACAAAGAUGCAUACUUAGAUGCAUAUACAAAUAUAGCUGUUAUGUAUGUGAAUAGUGGAGAGAAAGAAAAAUCUUAUGACUACUGUAUAAAGGCUAUUAAGUUAAAUCCUGAUAAUAAAGAAGCCCUCAUUAAUUUAGGUGAUAUUUUAAGAUAACUUGGAAGAAAAAAUGAAGCUAUUUCUAUCACUUGGGAAUUAAUUGAAAAGCUUACCAAUAAAAAUAAUAAUUAAAUAGAAGGGCAAAGCAACUAAUAUGUUAGACCUAAUCCAGUAGAUGUUUAGUUAUUAUAAAAAGGAUUCGAAACCAAAAUAAAAGAAGAAAGUGUUAAUAUUCUUUGUGUAAAGUGGGGUACAAGAUAUGAUUCUGAAUAUGUAAAUAAGCUUUAUAGAGGAAUUAAAAGAAACACUACUAUACCUUUUACUUUUUAUUGUUUCACAGAAGAUAGCAAAGGCUUAGAUGAGAAUAUUGUUCCCAUAGAAUUAAUGAAUAAUUGGUAUAGAUGGUGGGGUAAAGCAACCCUUUUUUCACUUUAGUAUAAUUUGAAGGGCAAUUUGAAUUUUUACAUAGAUUUAGAUAUGGUUAUUACUGGUAAUAUAGACAAUCUUCUAAAAUAUUAAGGAGGAUUUGCUAUUUUAAAGACUGAAGAUCUAGCAUGCGAAAAAGAUCAUAAAGACGGGUAUAAUAGCAGUAUAAUGAUUUGGGAUAAAAGAAAUGUAGACUUAGAGAGAGUUUAUAAUGCUCUUAAAGAAAAUUUUGAGUAAAUAACUUAAUAUAUUGUUAGAUUUGAUUAUUGGUUAGAAAUGAUGAUAAAUAAUGCUGAAUAUAUACAAGAUAUUUUUCCCACUGAAGUAUCUGAUUAUUUAAAUUAUUGCUAGAAUAAAUUACCUGAAAAUACUAGAAUAGUUUGCUUUCCUAGAAAACCAAAACCAGAAGAUUAUCCCUCUGAAUGGAUUAAGGAAUAUUGGAUUUGA